CUGGAUCCCGCGAUUCUGGCUGUGUUGCGACCAGUUACGAACUUUUUUUUAAAGCAGACUUUUUAUAAAAGUCGCUUUCUUUGGCUUAUAUAAUCGAUGGUGGCGAUUUUGGGGAAGUUUUGUAUGGGUCGCCGCUGUCUUAUGAACAGUGCAUUCAGGCAUUUUCUUCAUGCCCCGACUUGAUGGAGUUCGUCGCUGGUGGAACGACAGGCCAGGGAUGCGCCAUUGACGUUUUGGUCAGUUUUGCCGAAUCUUUGCACGUAUUCACGGGGCUGCUGACAGUUGCCACUGUAUCUGGCGGGAUAUCUGGAAUCUUAGUUGCUACUUUUUUAUACGUGUUUUGCCUUAAGCCUCUACUGUUAACCAGACAAGGCUACAAUGCAAGGAGACUACUUGAGCCUGAUGAUGGGGAAUUGGGCAACAACCAAAGUGACUGUGUCAGCAACGGCAAAAAGGAGGUCCCUCCUGGUACCAUGAAUGAUAAGAAGCAGCCACCAAUGAACAGUGAUGUGGCUGCUUUUGCAUCCAAAGCAAAGGUUGUUUACCCCAUCAACCAGAAAUACAGACCUUUAGCAGAUGGAGCAUCCAACCCUUCACUACACGAGCCCUCAAAGCUGCAAGCCAUGCCCAAUGAGGAGUCCUCCUCUUCAUCAGCAGGAGAAUCUUUGAGCCAGGAGCAAGACAACGACGACAGUAGCCAGUGCAUCUCCUCCGCGCUGGUCCCCAAGAGUUUGCAGAACCAGAGCUUCACCAGGGUCUCACACUACCCACAAGCAUUGACUCAAACUGGGUUUGAAAGUAGGAUCAGCUUGUACUGCUUGGGCUUACAUGAUGUACAACAACAAUGCUCCCAGCUCCAGGAAGAAAAGUAUUUGAUCUUUCUCCAAAUGGUGAAAAUAAUAUUUAGUCAUCAUUUUCCAAAAGACAAAAAUGAAGCGGACUUUUCCAAAGAUGUCCCCUUAAUGCAAGAAAAGGAACUGGAUGAAUUAAAAAAACGCUCAUCAAUAGUCCAGACUGCCAGUGAAGGUAAUGAAGACCUAAGUAUGACUGGUCCCUGUACUCUGGAGGAAACCGAGAGAGUGCAAAAAGAUCACCUAGAGCACGGUCUUCAAAUGAUCAAGGGAUUCAGCAAGCAGGUGGAGGGCUUGUGCCAGCAUCUGUUGAACAGCAGCAGUAUUUUGCCAACAGUUGAAGCCCAGAAUAUAAUUAACUCUCUCAUCCACACUAUGCUACUGGUGGAGAACAACUUGUUCAAAGCACAAGAAGCUGAGCUCAAGAGGACUCAGCAGAGAUUAUUGUGGUGGGAAGAGUUGAUGUGGCUUCUUCAGUCCCAACCUGCGUUGCUCGGAGAGGAAGUGUCUCUGAGGCAGGGCCUAGUGGCGAAAACACUGGAGCAGCUGACCAGCGAUGACCUCCUUACCUUCACUGUCAUGGAAAAGGCGCUGUCAGAACUGCAGGCCAAGUUGACUGAGAGCCUUCAGCAGUGCACAGAGGAUUGCAUGAGAAAGACAAAGGAGCUGGUGAUGGAGAAGUGCAAGAAGACAGAGUCCAAGAGGAAGAAGCUUCAGAGUAGCCAGGCCAAAGAAAAGAGGUCCGUCCUGGAUCUGGCACAGUCCUACAGCGACCCACAACAGUUCACCAAGGUCUACCAGGAGCUGCUCGUGAAACAUAGGCAGCAAAACUCGGACCUGGAGUUGCAACAGGACAACCGAUUGUCCGAGGCCCUCUGUAACUUGUGGAAGAAACUUCACUCUUUCUGGUCAAAAAGACUUGGGGCGUUAGUCAAGGAGCUGUUCCUCACCACUCUCCCAGCCCUGUCAGAGCUCUCGAGCGAGCGCUGUGAAGAGCUCUGGCUGGCUCAAGAACCGGAGCUGGCUGCCCAGCUGCAGCGAACAGAGUCCGUUACCAAGCUGCAACUGGAAGGGAUGAGGGCUCAGCUAGAUCAAGAUGAGCAGGUCUGGUGUGAAGAGAUAGCUCUGGUGCUAGCCUGUCUCAGGCAUCUGGCUGAACAGCAGAUGAAGAUUCUCCGAGUCACGGUGGCCAAACAGAGUUACACGCUCAACAGCCAAGUGGGGAUGCUGAUAGAGAAGAAGCAUGAGCACCUGCUGCUGGGCGUGCAAAGGCAUUUUAUCACAAGGCACUUCUGUCUGCAUGUGCUGAAGGAGAUGAGGCUUUCCAAACUGAAAGUGCUUUCUCAGACUGAUUUAAGUGUCCAGCUACUAGAAGAGCACAACAAAACACAGCCAACUGUCAGUUUAACUUCUAAGGCUCUGAACAAGGACAGCAGCACCGGUCUACCAGAGAGACACCUUGGCCCAGAGAGCCAGCUGGUGGGCCACAACUUCCACCAGGAGUUCCUCUCUGAGCUGGAAACAGGGGUAGAGCUACUGCAAAACCAUGCCCAGCUGCUAAUAGGCAACGCCGUCAGCCACGCCAUCUGGCAGCAGAUGGAGGUGCAGCCUUACAAGUCACAUAACCUCCCACAGCAAGACAGUAGCUGUAAGUGCCACCUGACAGAAGUUGCCUCAGAAAGUGUGUAUGUGACCAAAGACAAUGUCAGUGCGCUGGUGCAAAACUACUAUUCCCAUAUCAAGGAGAUUACCAGAAAACUACAGCAGGAUCUGUCCAACAUAAACAGCGAGGAGUUUGAGAAACAAGAGGCCAGCAGUCAGCUGAAUGGGGCCUUGAUGCGGGAGCUGACCAACUGGGGUAGAAAACCCACCUCCACCGAGUUUCAACAAAGGGUUGAACUCCAUAAAAGGAAGGUUUUGGAGCAGUAUGAUACUGACCAGCAGUUGAUGUGUGAGACUUUGCUGGAGAACAAGGUAGCCUGGGAUAGAGCCAUGGACAAUGUAAAAGGACAGCUACAGGAGGCAGAGGAAACCUUUAUAACUGAGCUUGCAGCCUUGGCCCGUGUGCCUCUCCAUUGUAUAGAUCCAGAACCCAGCAGUCAGGAGGACGACGCCGGUGAGGAGCCUCCUUCCAUACAAAACCUGCUAGCCCUGAAUCCAGCGCUGGAUCCAGCCAAGAAUCCAUCACUGACUCCAACAUAUAUAACUCCAGCUAUAAAACCCAGACAGAAGAAACAAAGAGAGAGAGAGUCUCAACUCAGCUGAUAUGUUUGUGCAUUAUGUAUAUCUGUGUGUAUGAUAGUGUAGCAUAUAAGAAAAAGUUUUAUGCUUUCAAUUGAGUUAAUGCUUGAACAGCGAGCCCACAAAUUUUGCCUCUUUCAUUGGGAUAUAGCAUGGCUCAGAAGGUAUUCAUUUGUGUUAGGGGCAUCGUAAUUGGGUGUAGACCACAAACUUACUGAUUGGAUCAGCUUUCAACCACUCAAACCCCAUGAUAUAAAAUUAGAGUGCCUCUUUUCCACACAUGCUGUUCCAAGUAGAUCUACUUGCAGAAGCCUCCUGCUGGACAAACCUCCCGCAAGCUAGAAGACCUACCAGGCCCCAGUUUGAUCUCAAUGGACGUUUUCCAAACUAAUAUCUCGUCGCGAGCUCAGCUGAGCCGGUGAGAUUUAGGCUAAGAUAGUGAGACAAAGUUUAAGUAAUGAACCCUCUUGCUAUAUUUUCAAAUCGAAUUGUGUUUUCUAUUUAAUCUUUUCAAAAUCCUUUGAUUUUGAAUUAAAAACUUAC